CUAGAGCGUUCGUAUCAAACAACUGAAAAAAGAACAGAAUUGGAUCCAAGUUAAAUUGUAUUUAAAAUUUCCCAGGAAAAAUGCAAUUGAAAUAUUUACGUACUCUGCUAGAGGGUCAGGAGCAAAUACAACGCAUAGCUGGCUUAGCCUGGUCACCGAAUCAGCAGAAAUUGGCAAUUGCCACAGCAGAUCGACAUAUAUUGCUCUACGAUGAUGCAGGCGAACGACGCGACAAAUUCAGCACCAAGCCAGCGAAUCCGGCUAAUGGCAAACACUCAUAUGUGAUACGUGGCCUGGCCUUUAGUCCGGACUCAACCAAAUUGGCUGUGGGGCAAAGCGACAGUAUUGUCUAUGUCUAUAAGCUGGGUGAGUCAUGGAAUGACAAGAAGGUCAUCUGCAAUAAGUUUCCUCAGGCCACAGCAGUGACAGCCCUAAUUUGGCUGUCUUCGGGUGCAAUUAUAGCAGGUCUCGAGGAUGGAAAAAUUCGUGCAUUGCAUAGCAAGAGCAACAAAUCGCAGAGCUUGUACGGAGGCGAUAGUAUCUGCAUAUCAUUGGCAUCGAAUACGAAGGGUAAUGGUUUCCUAAGUGGUCACAAUGAUGGCACAAUAAUACGCUACUUCAUGACGGAUGAGGCUAGUGAACCUUUGGGUCGGAUUGUCCAGCAUCCGGUGCCACCAUUUGCUUUGGCCUGGCCACAAGGUGGCUUCUGUGCAGGAGGAUGUGAUCAACGCAUUGUCUUCUAUGACACCAUGGGACGACAAUUACGGUGUUUCGAUUACUCCCGUUCGGAAGGCGAACGUGAGUUCACUGUGGCUGCAUGUAGUCCCAAUGGACAGGCCGUGGCUUUUGGUAGCUAUGAUCGUAUACGCAUCUAUGCCUGGAGUCCACGUCAGGGAGCCUGGAGUGAGAGUGCCAGCAAAGAGAUCCCUUGUCUCUAUACGCUAAGUGCUUUGAUAUGGCGACGCGACGGGGCUCGUCUCGCUCUUGGCUCGGUCAGUGGUGCUGUUCUUUUGUAUGAGUCAGUCCUAAAGCGUACCAUUUGGCAGGAUAAAUUCGAGCUGAUCUUUGUGGCGCCCAGUCAGCUGCUAGUACGAUCAUUGGCCGAACCACAACAACAGCUAACCAUUGAAUCGCAAUUGGGACUAGAAAUAGAUGACGUACGGAUAAUGGGCAAGGACAACUACUUGGUGGCACGCACUGAAGAGUCCCUCAUUCUGUGCGAUCUAACGCGUAAUCUAUCAAGCGAAGUCCCUUGGACAGCAUCCGGACAUCACGAGCGUUUCUAUUUCGAGAAUCCCAACGUGUGUCUGGUCUUCAAUGUGGGCGAAUUGAGCCUCGUGGAGUAUGGGGAUAAUUCCAUUUUGGGCUCUGUGCGCACAGAGUUCGUUAACCCACAUGUCAUCUCAGUUCGGCUCAAUGAGCGCGGCAAUGGACGGGGUAACAAGAAAUUGGCCUUUCUGCUAGAUGCCAAGACAAUUUGUGUGGUCGAUUUAGUCACUCGUUUGACCAGUGGACAAAUCAAUCACGAGACAAAGAUCGAUUGGCUCGAACUCAGCGAGACGGCCCACAAAUUGCUCUUUCGAGAUAAGAAACUUCGCUUAAUUUUGGUCGACAACUACACGGGCAAAAAGCAAACCCUUCUAAGUAAUAUCUCAUUUGUCCAAUGGGUUCCACAGAGCGAUGUGGUGGUGGCCCAAAGUAAUAGCAAUUUGGCCAUAUGGUAUAACAUUGAUCUGCCGGAGCAUGUAACCAUGCAAAAUAUGCGAGGAGAGGCUAUCGAAGUGCUCAGAGAAAAUGGUCGCACUGUGGUCCGCACUCAAGAUGGUCCCAGUGAGCAUAGCUAUCAACUGGACGAAGGUCUUGUGGAAUUCGGGACGGCUGUUAAUGAUAGCGAUUUCGGACGUGCCGUACACUUCUUGGAGACUUUGGGUGAUAAACCAGCAGCCAAGGCCAUGUGGCAUAAUUUGGCCAUUAUUUCUCUAGAAGAUGGCAAUCUGCGGGUGGCGCAACGUUGCUAUGCCGCCCUAGGUAAUGUAUCCAAAGCAUAUUAUCUGGCUGAAAUGAUCCAGCAGGCAGAUGAAUUUGAAGAGUCGACGGGCACACCAGGCAUCCAUUGUCCCGAGGUGCGUGCCAAGUUAGCGCUGCUCAACUCUGAUUUGCGAACGGCAGAGAGAAUAUAUUUGGAGCAGGGGGACAUUGAGGCAGCCCUCAAAAUGUACCAACAGCUGCGCAUGUGGGAUGAGGCAGUUGCCCUAGCCGAACGGCGGGGAUAUGCACGAUUGACGGAACUGAAGGAACAGCAUAUGGAUUUUCUUUUAAACAGCGAACAACAGGAGAAGGCCGGUCAGGUCUUGGAGGAUCAGGGUGAACUGCAACAGGCAAUGGCCUUGUACUUAAAAGCAAAUAAGCCGGCGAGAGCGGCUCGCCUGGCUCUCAAGACGCCGCAAUUGUUGCAGGAUGAGCAGCUAAUGUUGCAGGUAACCGAAGGAUUGGUCCACAGUGAACUCUACGAAUUGGCCGGUGAUAUAGCCCAUCGUUUGUCCCGGCCAGAAGCAGCCUUGGCCCUUUAUCGCAAAGGUGGAGCCUAUGCCAGGGCCCUGGAAUUGGCACGUGUGGUGGCUCCCCAAGAGGUGACAGCCUUGGAAGAGCAAUGGGGCGAUUGGUUGGUGGGACGCAAGCAAUUAGAUGCCUCCAUUAAUCACUAUAUCGAGGCGGGAGCCACCCAAAAGGCCCUCGAAGCAGCUGUGGGCGCCAAACAAUGGCGCAAAGCAGUCCAAAUAGCCAAAGUCCUGGAUGAACCGGAGCUAAUUCAACGCUAUGCCCUGGAUUUGUCUAAGCACUUGGCAUUUGCAGGUGAUCUAGACGGGGCAGAGGAUUUGUUAGUGCGAGCAAAUCUCUAUAAGGAUGCCAUUGAACUGCUAAAUCGUCAUGGCAAAUGGGAGCGAGCGUAUGUCAUCGGUGAGAAGUAUCUAAAGACAGAGCAGCUUCGUGAGCUAUUUAUUCAAUUGGCCAGUAAUCUCGAGGAACAGGGCAAGUAUCGGGAUGCCGAAAAAGUACUAAUAGCAGUAAAUGAGCCGGAUUUGGCUAUAGCUAUGUACAAAAGGAGGGAGCUCUACGAUUCGAUGAUCCGUUUGGUAGAACGCUAUCAUAAAGAUCUUCUGGAUAGCACGCAUCUCCAUUUGGCUCGGCAACUAGAAUCACGGGGCAAGCUCAAGAAUGCGGAAUUACAUUUCAUUGCAUCGGGCGACUGGAAAUCCGCUGUGCAUAUGUACUGCUCCUCGGCACGCUGGGAGGAUGGCUAUCGUGUAGCCAAGCAAAAGGGUACUGAAGGUGCCAGUCAGCAAGUGGCCUAUAUGUGGGCCAAGUCCAUGCCCCUGGAGAGUGCUGUGCGUCUGUUAAGUAAACUGGGACUGCUAGACACUGCCGUGGAUUUCGCCUGCGACUCGGGGCAAUUCGAAUUUGCCAUGGAACUGUGCCGUUUUGCCGGCAAGCCCACCGAUGAAGUACAUUUGAAAAUAGCCAUGUCACUGGAGGAUGAGGGCAAGUUCGAGGAAGCAGAGGCUGAAUUUCUCAAGGCACACAAGCCCAAAGAGGCCAUUCUAAUGUAUCAGCAUGCUGGAGACUGGAAUGCAGCUCUCAAUGUAGCGGAACUGCAUCUGCCCGAAGCUGUCAACGAAGUUCUCAUUGGCCAGGCCUCAUCAGCUCUGGAGACACGCAACUAUAAGGAUUACGAGGCCUUACUACUGCGAGCCCAGCGUCCCGAUCUCAUCAUUGAUCAUUAUAAGCAGGAAUCCCUGUACGAUGAUGCCUUGCGCGUGGCCGAAGAGCACUAUCCCUCGGCUCUAAAUGAUUUGAGGCGUCUGCAGGCCCAGCAACAGCGUGGUCAGAAUCAGAGCGAAGAUUCUGCCACCGAUUCCCGUGGCUAUCUGCAGCGAGCAGCUGAAUUCGCCAAGCGGGAACAGUUCCGCAAGGCAGCCGAAUGCCUUAUGCAAAUCGAUUCAUCUAAUGCCGAAGAUGCGGCCACUUUGGAGCGUGCUCUGUUGCGAGCCGCUGAAAUUUGUAAUCAGUUUCUGGAAGGUCAAGAUGCACAGGAACUGGCCCAGGCUUUGGGACCACGUCUCAUGGCCAUUAAACAGAUAGGACCAGCUGCUCAGCUCUAUUUGGCCGCUGAUAUGCCCAAGCAGGCGGUGGAUGUGUUCAUUAAGACGGAACAGUGGAGCAAGGCUCGUCGUCUGGCCAAGGAAAUCGAUGCAGAUCUCCAGCUGCUGGCCUAUGUGGAGCAACAGCAGAAAUCCUGCCUCAAGCAUGAAGGAAAUGUCGAGCAGCUUGCUGAUAUUGACAUAAUCUCCGCUUUGGAUCUACUGGCCGAGCAGGGUCAAUGGCAACGCUGCCUGGAGAAGGCAAAACAACUGAAUCCAUCCGUUUUGCAGAAGUAUGUAGCCGUCUAUGCGGCUCAACUCAUUCGUGAGGGUAAUUGUGCCCCUGCCCUGGGACUCUAUCUCACGUACGGAGCUCCGCCCAUUGAGGCCCACUUCAAUAUCUACACGAGGAUCGCUCUGGACUGUCUGGCCCUAAGGGAAGAGCAAACGGAGAAUGGCUUACUCUGGAGGCAACUGCGAGAUUUUCUCCAUCGUCUGAUGCAAGCGCUCUCCAGUUCCUCCAGUGAAACGGGUCCAAGUGCAUUCAGCGUCAGCGUGCAACAGUUUCUACUGAUUGCCCACUAUUAUGCUGUCAGAUCGGCCUGCCGAGAGGUGCCAUCUCUGCAGCCAGUGGCAUUGCGUCUCUCGUUGGCUUUGCUACGCCAUACAGACAUACUGCCUGUUGACAAGGGUUUCUUUGAGGCUGGGAUGGAUCUGCGGCAGGCGGGACGUGAGGCUGAAGCAUUUGUUAUGCUUAAUCACUAUCUGGAUGUGUGCGAGGCCAUCGAGGAGGGUUCGGGCAAUCUGGUUGAUCACACCGAUUUGGCUAGCACAGAUUUCCCCAGCUCUGUACCUCUGCCCGAGGAUAUACAUCUGAAGAACGAGCCCAAUCUGCAUGAAGAGGUCCGCGAAUGGGUACUUGCUGUUAGCAUGGAUCAGCAGGUGGAUCAGCAGUUACCCACCGAUGAUCGCGGCUUAUAUGAAUCCAGUUUGGGUCCAAAUGAUCAGGCCUGCCUGCUAAGUGGUUAUCCAGUUCGCGGACGUCAACCGGUUACCUUUCAGUCAUCAAGUAGUAAUCAGCAGGUAAAUCGGGAUGUAUGGAGCAAAUUCUCGGUGGCCAUGAAGAUGUCGCCAGCCAGUGGCAUAGCCGAUAUCAUACACUUCACCGAGAAAUGGCAAGGAUCUGCCAAUUAUGUAAUGCACUGAAAUAAAACGGAGGAAGAGUUGAAAACGUUUUUUA